CAAGCACGUAUGUUGUCAUUUUCGCAACGACCCGUUGUUAUAUUUUUCAACAACGGCUGUUGGUGAAUUGUGCACGAACGUGCUCAAAUUGACACCGAGACGUGGUCAACUUUCGGUACCAACAACAGCCGUGCUUAAUUUGUCCAUUUGUAAUAUUGGUAAUUGCAGCCGAUUACACACGAGUAAAAAAUGACAACGGUGGUGCAUGAUUCACACACGGUCGUUGUCAAUAUGACACCGGUCGUGUAUGAAUUAUGCACCACCACCUGCAUAAUGAUGCACCACCGUUGUUACUUUGUACACCGACGUGCAUGAAUCGUACACGAUCGUUGCCAUUUUAGCAACUACCGUGUAUGAAUCAUGCACCACCGUUGUCAUUUUUUUUACUCGUGUGCAAUCGGCUGCAUAUUUACCAUUUUUUCCGUGUUAUUGAAAGAGAAAGGACGCAUUGUGCAAAAAAUUUAUUGAAAAUGAAUAAUAAUUCGCAAGAUCCUCAAAAUAUCAUUGGUGAGUUGUUAGAAAUCGAUGGCAAUAUUGUUGUGGUUCGCGAUACAAACCAUUGCAGCAGUCAAGAUGCGGAAAACAAUGAGGACGAUUAUAUGUUAAGGGAGUUCUUAAAAGGAAUAAAUAUGGAGUCGCUUUUUGAACAAUUAAAAGCAUCACAUGUAACAUUUCGCAGCUUGCAGUACUUGAAAAAAGAAGAUUUAAAGGAAGCAGUGCCACCAUUGGGACUGCGUGUUGAAUUCAGAGAAAAGCUCUUUGCUUGGAAAAAACGAAAGCUCGGGAUUGAUGACGAAACUAUGUCAGUUCCAUCUAAAAUAGGUGAAUGGUGGAAACGCAACGAGACACCUGCAAGUACUCCUGGUACUCCCGACACUACAGGUUCGAACUGCUCAAAAGCCAAAGGAAUUUUGUCAGAGGAUCUAACGGAAUUGUUAACACAUACCUCGAAGGGGAAACUAGCGCUUGAAUGUAGUAGCGUUAAUAAGAAAUUAAGUGACGAGCAAAGAGAUGAUAUAAUUAAUAUAAUUAUUGAAGAUAUUUUAACCAACAAUGUUACUCUUUACACUCAAGACUAUAUGCGCAUAUUGGAUGAAAUUUGUUCCGUUUUUCCUCUUGAAAACGAAAUGAGGGUAAGAUUAACAAUAUAAACAACGUAUCUGAUUAUGUAGUUUCUUAACUUAUAAUAUGUCUUUAUUUUUAGGAUUAUUAUUACAUUUCAAGAAAAGGAAAGAACAACGCAAGCGGAAAACUUUAUGCCAAGUAUAGAAACAAGAAGUCCAAAAGAAUAAAGCUUUUGAUUUCCGAGCCUAGCACAAGCAAAGCAGCAACUCACACAUCUCCUAAUUUUUGUAACAAAGAUGUUCCCGAAAUUGAUGAAUCAGUUGAAAAUUCAUUGAAAGCUUCCUUACUAAGAGAAUGUAAUGAUUGGGGAUCGAUCUGCGAAAAAUGGAAAAGAUCUUUUAACAUACGGCAAAGAGAUAUAAAAAAUUUAAGUAGCCAUACAUUUCUCCUUGAAUGGACGAAGUUGUCCGAUGCAAGAGCUUCAGA